CAUGAAAAAGGUGGGUCCAACGCGAAAGCGGCCUGAGGAGCAUCCUAACUCGAACAACCAUAGAUAUCAUCGCGUAAGAAAACAAGAAACGUUUCUGUCUUCUGACCACACAACCCACAACAACAAACGUUUCUCACAAGCUCCACUCCAAUGGCAGAACCAAAACCAAAUUCAGAAGAAAAUGCAAAGGCUCCAAAUAUAAUAGAAAGGGCAAAGGAAGAGAUAGAGGCAAUAACCCACACCCAGAAAUCACCCAUUCAUCAUAAGGAAACACACGGAACAAGUGAUGGCAUUGAUGAGAAUACCCAGAUAGAUGAAGUCAAAGGCCCCAAUGUGUUUGAACGAGUCAAGGAAGAAAUUGAGGCCCUUGUGGAAACACUUCAUCCGAAGAAAGAUUCUAAAAGCCAUGAGUAAUCUUCAAUGGAAGAAGGUCGAAUUUGGAAAAAUUGGUUGCAAGAUUUGCUUACGAGAUAUCUCUAUAUUGUAAAUUGUUGCUUUGUUCCUUUGGUGUGUGUGUUUGUUGUUGCAACUAUUAGUGUAUUACCAUGAACAGGAAAUGGGACGAGAUUGCACUUUGAAAUGGCAACUGUUGGCUGUUUUAUACUAAAAACAUGAUUUUCUCUUGUUA